AUGUUCACCAAGAAGUCAGUUUUGCUUCUGGUUUUGUUCUGUUUCGUUCGGGUGCUGGAGGCUCACGAGUGCACGCCGUGCCAUCUCCGCACUUGUCCCGCCAAGGCGACACAAGGCUGCGGAGGCGGUCGGACCGUGGCCAACGAUCCGUGCGGGUGCUGCGAGCACUGUGCCCGCCUGGAAUGGGAGCCGUGCGGGGGGCCGGACUGGAGCCUCGGCUACUGUUCUCUGGGGCUGACAUGCGCUUCAGUCAACUCGACUGGAGGCGCCGUCAUCCCUGAAAUUGGAGUCUGUAAAGUACUUCCACACCAUCCAGAGGCUGGCCUUGAAGACGAACGAUGCCCUCUGAUGACAGGCUGCGACAGAGCAGAAGGUCAGUGCGUCUGUGAUGCCAGACACACCUGCCUGGGAUCUUUCACUUACCCGGAUCAGGAGGCCUGCAUGAAGGCCCAUUCAGAGGGUCUGAACCAAGAGCCGAGAGAAAGACACAAGCAGAAGUAUGUGGGACCAUCCAACCCCGCCUGCAUGUUCUCUGGCUGUAACCUGACCGCUGACGGCUGUGUGUGCGAGUCUCAGAGCUGCAGCCAUCACUUUGCUUUCAUUAACCGGAGCCAAUGCCAGGAAGCUGCAGAAGAGCUAAGGUGUGCCAGCGUUGCUUGUCCUGCUCUCCCGGUGUCCACGUGCCCAAAAGGCUCAGUCUUGACCAAAAGUUACACGCCUCCUGCUGGUUGCUGCCCCUCAAUCCCACCCCAUUGCACCUGUGACUUUGGGGCCUGCCACCAGCCAAAAUGCCCGAGUGGACAGCGUGCUGUUCCACUCAGCAAGGCCAGCGGACAGCCUGGAGACUGCUGCGAUGUCUUUGAGUGCCAGAAAGUCUCCCCGAAGUGUGUCCAUAACGAAAAGGAGUUCUCGGAUGGGGAAGUGUACCGCAUGGACCCUUGCUGGCUUUGCCAGUGCCGGGGAGGAAUAUCCUUCUGCUCCAAAGCAGAGUGCGCUGAGCUGGACUGUGAGAACUUCUACAUUCCUGAGGGCGAGUGCUGCCCUGUUUGCAUAGAUGUGGAGUUACUGUCGGUCGACAGCACGAAAGCCAGUUGCUGGGUAAACAACAAGCUGCGAGCCCACGAGGAGCAGUGGAAAGAGGAUGACUGCACUUUCUGUCAGUGCGUGGACGGAGAGCCGCACUGCACGGCCAUGGCCUGCAAGCAAAGCUGCCAGAAUCCCGUCAAGAUACCAGGAGAGUGUUGCCCUUUUUGCGAAGAACCUUCUUAUGAAACAGUCAGCCCCAUGGUGUGUCCUCCUCUAGAAAACUGCAGCCUUUCCGAGAACGACUGCCCUUAUGGCUUCUAUCAAAACAUCAAUGGAUGUCUGCUGUGCCAGUGUCUCAAUAAUGACUCCUGCCCUGACCUGAGAAAACAUUGUCCCCUGAAAUGCUCCACGGGAUACGAGAGGGACGACUUUGGCUGCGAGGUGUGUGAGUGCAGCAUCCCUGUGCCCAGGUGCCGACCUUUGACCUGCGCCAAAACCUGCCCCUAUGGAUUUGUUCGGAACAAGCACGGUUGUGAGAUGUGUCGCUGUGUCAAGUGCCCCCCCUUCACCUGUGACAAGCACUGCACUGAUGGCUACAGGCAGAACAAGAAGGGAUGUUCCAUCUGCAUGUGUAAAGACAACGCCCAAUUCCCCAGCGUCACCGCCUCCUACCCAGUUCCUAGCUUUUGUUAUACUUCGAAUGGCAACCGAUACGAGGAAGGCGAUAGCUGGCACGACGGCUGCCGCGACUGCUACUGUCAUUCCGGGAGGGAGAUGUGUGUCCUCAUAUCCUGUCCUGUGCCCAGCUGCCCUCAUCCGGUCAUGAAGCCUGACCAAUGUUGUCCUAUGUGUGAGGAUGAGUCCGGUAGUGGUCUGCCGGAGGGGAUGGACAUGGUGGUGUGCAGAGCCCCCGGGGGGGAGUUUUAUGUGGAGGGGGAGACCUGGGACCUGGACGAGUGUACACGAUGCACUUGUAGGCAGGGACGCGUCCUGUGCGACACUGAAGUUUGUCCUCCGGCUCUGUGCCAGACACCUACCAAAAAUAAGGACACCUGUUGUGAUGCGUGCUUGGAGGAGACCCAGAGUCCACUGCUGCCAGUGAACACCAGCCAGCAGGAGUAUUGUAUCACCAACGAGGGAGACGUUCUGCUGGCGGGAGACUCCUGGAAGACCAACGCUUGUACCAGUUGCAUCUGCAACAACGGCACCAUUCAGUGUUUCUCUCAGCGCUGUCCCCCUGCCAACUGCAGGGUCCCCGUCCUACGCAAGGGCCAGUGCUGCCCGUAUUGUCUCGAAAUGACCACAUCUGCGCCAGUCUUGUUGUCGACCGUCACCUCAAAAACAAGGGUCACCACAAGUGUGCGACGGGCCGAUGGGAACGUCGCUAUCACAGAAACGCCCGUUGUUGCGGACACAGAUGAGACAGCUUUGGGUGAAAAUUACCCAAACCAAACAGAGAUGGCCGUCAUCUACCAGGCAGCCGCCUGGAUCCUGGCAGGUCUCCUCUUGGCUAUCAUCAUCUUCCUCAUUGUUGCUUUGCUUAUCAACAAGAAAAAGAAGUGGGUGCAGAUGUCCUGCUACAGUGCUCCAAAAAAGACGGUGAUCUUGAAGCAUGUGAACAAGAACCAAGUGGUCUAUAUGGAGCCCUCCAAGGAGAACAAGUUUCAGAACGUGAAGAACGACUGUGGGAUCCAUUUCUCCCCCGAGACCAGCUCUCCCUGCGCGGACAAGAUGACCAUCCCUAGAGCCAAGCUGGCAAACAACUGGACGGCGCGCUAA